UUAGUUUAUAUCAUUUGCAUAUUUAAUUGUUGCAUUUCAUCCAAAGAAAAUUCAAAAAAAAAUUCAGCAUUAGUUUGCUUUUCAUAUUUUCUUUUCAUUUGUGUUAAUUGUCAUUUAUUACUGUUUCAUUUCGAGAUUUGCAUUAAAAAAACCAAAAGAAAAAUCAUUUUUCAUAAUUUAUUUCAUUUCGGUUCAACAUUGCAUAUUUUCUCGGUUUAGUUUUAAUUAGCUUGCAUUUUGGUUUUUAUUCUGAUCCGACCAUAAAUUCUCUAUUCUUCACUUGAUCUUUGUGAUUGCUUGCAGGAAGAAAUGGAAGAAUUAGCACAAAGCCAAGCCUUAUUGGCCUCUCAAAAACAGCUAUUGGCUGCUAUGAAGGGUGUACAAGAUCAGAUUUCUCAGCUGGAGAAAAGAAACAAGGCACAAGGCCAACGACCACAGCAAGGAAAAAGAAGAUUUGGAGAUGCACCAGAGGAUGGCUAUGUUGAGCCUAAGCCACCAGAUCCUUCAUGGAUCACCCCACACCAUACUUCUUCAACUCAUAAACACUUAACUCAUUUUUAUCUUUAUUUUAAACCUGUUAAUGAAGUUAAGAUUUAUUCUUUUUCAGGAAGCAGUUGGCCAGAUGACUAUCUCUCAUGGGAAAGAACCAUGGAUGAUUGGUUUUCAUGCCAUGGCGUGCCAAAGAAAGAAAUGCUGAGCCAUGCCAUCAAACAACUCAACGGAAGUGCAUACAAUUGGUGGAAAGGUGUAGAUGGUGCAAGAUGGAAGAGUCAAAGAGAGGCUAUCAAAACGUGGGAAGAUCUUAAAGAGGCCAUGAUCAGGAAGUAUGUAUCCUCACUUCCAACACCAGAGAUUAGAGAAAGGUACCCAAGGAGGUUUUCAAGCCAUGGGUCCAAAGAGGCAAAGAGAGUGGUGCCACAACAAGGCCAUAGAAGCUUGAUCCAUCAAGAACAGAUUCGGCCAAACCAGGGGCACACAGUUCUCUAUGAUCAGUCCCAACCUUAUGAGGUCCCAAAGACCAUGGAGAGAAAGAACUUUGUCAGCCAAGACACGUUGGCCAGACACAAAGAAAAAUCAGACAAACCUAUUUUUCAAGAAAAGGCCAAGGUAAGUCCUAUACUUGAUAAAUUUUUUUAUAAAUCAUCUCCAACUGGUAUGAGUCACUUGUCUUUGUCCAAGGAUUUUAAGACAGGUCAUAAGGUCCAGAAAGACACGAACUCCACAUCCUUGUUGAGAUCCAAAGUUGUCCAUGAUUUAAGUCCAAGAGACAAGGAGAUUUUAAACCCAAAGGAAGAAGCGCCAUCAAGCCAAGGUAAAUCUUCUAAAUCUGAGGAUUUAAAAUAUCAGACAUGUUAUAGAUGUCAUAAGAAAGGACACUAUGCUGUAGUUUGUCCUACUAAGCAAGUAUUGAUAGAAACAUCACUUGAAAAGAAAACAGAUUUAUCUAUGAAGAGUGAUAGUUUUAUUCAAUCUGAUUUGUUGGUUCCAAAUUCUUGUGUAAUGCACUUGUCUUUGUCAAAAGGUGUUUUAACAGAAAUUAAAGAGCAUGAAUUAAAAGGAGAGGAGCCACCAGGCGCCACACCAGUGAUGAACCAGGAGAAGGUUCAAGACACAAUGCAGUCCAUGUUGCUUAAAGAAGCAAAACCAGUAAAUAAAGUAUCAAACCAAGGUAAGUGUCAAACACCACCUAGAGAAACUGGUAUUGACGUGUGUGUUCUUGAUGUAGAGAGUAAAAAUGAAAGCUAUUUGCUUGCUGAAGUUCCAAGGAAAGAACCAGACCAUAAGCCCAGCCAUGAACCACCUCACAAGUGGAAGUCUAGUGUUGAACAAUGUGUUCAAAUGCCAAGGCUUAAGGUAAUCUUCUCUGAUCUUAAAACGUCCAAGACACUUGAUUAUCCAGAUAUAAUGCACUUGUCUUUGCCAAAAAGUUUUGAUCCAGGAAUAAAAGAAGUUGAAGUUCAUAACCACCAAGGUCAAAAGAUGCAAAGAAGGCAGCAAACAAGAACAAGUUGUCCAAAGAAGAAAAUCAUUCUUCAACUUGUGGAAGCUAUCAAAAAUGUUGAGAAAUUUUCAGGUUGCAAAGGAGAAAGCUUCAAAGAAAUCCCACCGGAUAAUCUCUUGUUGCUAGGAGAAUCAAACCCAAAGAUGGUCAGAACUGAGCCUACUAGAAGUAUGAAGGACCACCCACCGAAGGAGAUAAGCAAUGCCAGAGUCCAUAGCAGAGGCGUGAUCCUAUCCUAUUUGCUGAAAGAAGAGCCACCUGAUGCACAAUCCAUCCCCAAACCGAAACAAUAUCAAGGUAAGACCUUAGAAUCUCAAAAGAGUAUGAAAGCUGACUUGCUCUAUCUUGGUGCAGGUUAUACAGUUUCGAGGUCGAAACCUUUUCAAGGGGGAGGGAAUGUUGCGGCCAGCAAUUCAGCAGCUGAACCAGACGUCGACCCAACACCCUACUCAACCAGCCAAGGCGCCAACCAGGACAUACGUGCACUAAAAAUACCAUAUCUUACAAACCAGGAGGGUUUAAAUCACGAGGCUAAUUUUUAUGCAUUCUACACUAAAGAAGGAGUCCAGGCCAAUUGGAAUUGGGCCAAAAUAAUCACGGAGAAAGAAGUUAUGAAUUUUACAAUUCAGAGGUUUCUCAACCCGUCCAUCUGCGAGUACCCAACUUUAGAAGAAGAUUCAAGCUCACUGAAGGAGCGGCCUGAAGCAAAACCCAUCAGAGAAGUCAAGAGGAGUUUAUCAUCUUUCCAUAAAGCCCAAGAUCAGGAGAAAUGGCCACGGAAAUUAGGAGUUAUGAUAAAUUCCCCAGAACCGGCCAAACCGACGUCAUCUAUGGAAAGUCUUCAAGCAAUUCAACUUGGUUCGACCCAGAGCUAUUUAUGGGAACCAGGAGAUCAUCUUAACCAAUCAGGAGGUAUUCCAGAAGUCCUUAGCUGUACCAGAACCCAGGAGAUCAGUUGGUUCAAUGGAGAAUCACUUAAACCCAACCGGAGCUAUUUAUGGAAAGAUUGGACAAUCUUUCGGUUUGAUUCAUUCCAAGCAAUUCCAAGCCAACCAGGAGAACCAGACGACGUCCAGACAAAACAAAGACAUCCAGGAGACAUUAUACAUGAGCUAGAAGAGUUCUACAACUUCAUCCCAUGCACCAGCCCACAUAGGAAUAAGAAGAUCCCCAUUAUCACCAAACUGCCUUAUUUGGAGUCUCUUGCAUUCAAACUCCAACAGCUCUUUUUCUACCAAGGCAAGGACGAGAUCAGCAUCUACCAAGCAUUCAAGAAGGUCCCAAGAAAGCUCUCUUAUCCCCUUAAACCGUCCAGAUUCAAGCAAAUCAAGUUUCUUCACUUGGAGCCAAAAUCCCACAAAAGGCUCCAACGGCUAGUUUCCGAUUUCUUGCUUAGUUUAGAUUUGUUUCCUUUCUUUUCUUUUGUGAACGUUUAGAGUCUUGUAUCUGAGCAUUAUAUAAGCUCAUUGUCGUCCAUUGUAGAGAGGAACCCCUCAAUCACCAAGUUAAUAAAAAGUUUAUUCAGUUUUUAUCAAAGAUUGUUCUUUGUAUAAAAUAUCGGUCUUUAGGAUUCAAAGAGAGAUUCUUUGUUGUUCUAUUGAUUUCGUGAGUCUAGUUUGU